UCAGGGCAUUCUCUGCGCCUCACCAUGAUUCUGAGGAAGAAUCUGAAUUGCUUAUGGACCUUAGGUCUCUGUCUGGUAGCCAGUACUUCGUCUCCCACAGUCCCCUCCAUCACCGAUCAGAAAUUUAUAAAACACUGCGUCGAAGCUCACAACGAAAUGCGUGGCAAAGUCCAGCCCGUCGCAGCCAACAUGAAAUACAUGAGUUGGGAUGAAGGUUUAGCGAAGAUUGCUAAAGCGUGGACAAACAAGUGCAAAUUCGAACACAACACCUGUUUAGCAAAAUCAUAUAAAUGCCACCCAAAAUUUCAGUAUGUUGGAGAGAACAUCUGGUUAGGUGGAUUAAGCAUAUUUACACCACACUCUGCUAUCGAGGCCUGGUAUAAUGAAACUGAAUUUUAUAAUUUUAAUAAACUGUCAUGUUCCAAUGUUUGUGGCCAUUUUACACAGGUAGUUUGGGCUGAUUCAUAUAAAGUUGGUUGUGCACUUACAGCUUGUCCUAACCUUGGGGAUUAUGGUGCUGCAAUAUUUAUAUGUGACUAUGGACCUGCAGGAAAUUAUCCAAAUAUGGCCCCUUAUGUUAUCGGAUCAAGCUGCUCUGCAUGUGCAGAUGAAGACACUUGCGUAAAGAAACUCUGCCAAAAUAAAGAACGUGAUAGUCUUCAAACGUAUCCAAACUGGAAUCCACCUGGGCUAGCACCUCAGCAGACAGCAUGUAGUCCACUGUGCCUAAUUCUUGUUCUUCUGAGAAUGUUUUAAUUGCCAUUUAUAGACAAGAGAAAUUCUAAGA